UAGCACCACUGUGUUUGAAACGGGGGGUAUAUGCGUCAGCAGUUUCACACCCUGGAAUUCGGGGCAGGACUAAACUCUUCCUUUUGACGGACGGCCUUGAGUGAGCCACACACAGCCCACAAAGGAAGGAAUCGUUUGCUGCUACAUCCGUUCAGUCUCGUGAAGCAUUCGUCCGUAAAUGGCCCCGUUGGAUAUUCUCUCUUCGCCCGUAACAUGGGUAGUAACUGUCUUCUCACUUCUGUGGAUACUUUACAAAUGUGCCACGUCAACAUUUAAUUACUUUUCCGACCAAGGAAUUCUUGGUCCCAAACCAGUCCCCAUCUUCGGAAACUUGUGGGGCAUCUGGAAAGCGAACAUUCCCGAGUAUGAUGUGGCAUUAGUGAAACAAUACGGUAAAGUGUUUGGUUAUUUUGACGGUUUGUUACCGAACCUUUGGAUUACAGAUGCUGAUAUGAUAAAGGCUAUAUGUGUCAAAGAUUUCGAACAUUUUGUUGACCGCAGAUCUUUUGGUAUCCAAACAAAAGUUAUGCGCAAAUGGAUGAUGCUGAUGAAGGGGCAAGAGUGGAAAGACAUUCGCUCUUCAGUUACGCCGGCCUUCACAACCGGCAAAAUCAAACGAAUGUCCGGACUGAUCAGAGACUGUGUUUCCAAUUUAAGUGACCAAAUGUCUAGAUUGACGGAGAGUGAUGGGAAAAUUGACAGCAAGCUCGUGUUUAGUGCCUACACCAUGGACGUGAUUGCAAGAUGCGCUUUCGGAUUGAAAAUUGACAAUCUCGGGAGUAAAGACGAUCAGUUUAUGAAAAACGCUGCGUACAUUUUAAAUCCGCCAGCCAAUAAAUCUCCAAUCGUUCUGCUACCAUUUGUGUAUCCCAAAUUGUUGAGCUCACUUAGUACCUAUGCUGAACGUUUACUAAUCACCAAAGAGCACAGAUUUUUUUUCAAACUUUUAGAAGAUGUGCUCAAGGAUAGAUCGCAAUCUAAAGAGAAAUUUAAUGACUUUAUUGAGCUGGCCGACGAGGCCAUAUCCGAUUUCACGAAAGAAGUUGAUGGCAAAACUGUACCCGUGUGGUCUCGCGAAGAAAUUGAUGAAAUCAUAAUGGCACAGUCCACUCUCUUUAUGCUGGCUGGAUUUGACACAACUGCCACCACUCUGACUAACAUUUGCUUUCAACUGGCAAGAAAUCAAGACAUUCAAGAAAAAUUGUAUGAAAGCAUCGUUGCAAAAAUGGAAGAUUACGACGAAGUUUGUCAUGAUAUGGUGCAAGAUAUGCCCUAUCUGGAAAUGGUUAUCCAAGAAGUAUUGCGCUAUUAUCCACCAUUAACACGAGUCGAGCGAGAAUGCACCAAGGAUUACUCUUACGACAACGGGCGCAUUCAAAUUAAAGAAGGACAAAUGGUCACCAUUCCGGCCUUUGCUCUACAUCACAUGGAAGAAUACUACCCCGAUCCAGAAAAAUUCGAUCCCGAAAGGUGGACUCCUGAAAACAAAGCUAAACGUAAUCCUUACGCUUAUUUGGCAUUCGGCAUUGGUCCUCGCAGCUGCAUUGGAAUGCGCUUCGCAUUGGAAGAGAUGAAGAUUGCCAUCUGUGCUGUAGUCCAAAAAUUCCGCUUUUUUCCAGUUGAAGAGACGCCGGAGAAACUCUGCUUUGAAAACGGACUUUUAGCUGUUUUACAGCCUAUUCAAGCAGUAGUGGGCAUUGAACUUCGUCAAUAAGCCAAUUUCAACUGGCUGUUGACAUUGGCCUGUACCAUAUCGCUUUUUUUUUUCGUUCCCUUGAGCAAAGAGAGUAAUCAACUAUUUUUUAAAUCGAGAAAGUGAAAUUUGUAAAAGUAGCAAAAAGAAACUCAAGCGUGUCUGAACGAGAACAAUGUAGCUUAUCAACAUAGUUGCCCCCCCAAAAAUGCGAUGUCUGCUGGUGUAGGCUAUCAAAGAUUUUGGUGAAAAUACCGGUUUUACAAAAGAGAAAUCUUUUUGAAAAAAGAACUGAAACCUAAAGCUAUUUUAUAACUCAUUAUAAAAUAAAUUGACCCUGUUAUACUCCUAUA